AUGUUCUUUGAAAUGUUUUUUGGAAUGUUCUUUGAAAUGGUUUUUGAAAUGGAUCAUGAGCAAAAGAAGGAAAUGGAAACUGUACACAUCAUUCUCAGGACAAUGAAUGCUUCACAGCAGACCUACAUUGCUUCUUUGGACAGUUGGAUGCAAAAUAGCAGUAAAAGGCAAAACUGCAAUAAUGGUUGGGAGUGUUUCCAAAGAUGCUACACAUUCUCAAAUGACAGUAAAAACUGGAAUGAUGCUAGACAUGCAUGUGAGGAGGACAACUCCCAUCUGAUAGUAAUCGAUUCUAAGCUUGAACAAGAUGUGUUUUCCCAAAUAACUACUUCGCAUUACUGGAUUGGCUUGACAGAUCAACAACAAGAAGGGAUAUGGCAAUGGGUGGAUGGAACAAGCUAUGAUGACGGAGUAAAAUUUUGGCAUACAGGUAACCCAGAUGACUAUCAUAACAACGAAGAUUGUAUCGAGUUGUAUCAUCAUGAUGGUAAGACUCUUUGGAAUGACAGUAACUGCAACAGAAGACAGAAGUGGAUCUGUGAAAAGUAA